AAUUGAGCCAUUACCAUUAUGAAGAGAGAGGAUAUUACAUACCUGGGCGCUGGCCCUGCUGCUCUUCCAACGGAUGUUCUUGCGACUGCCGCAGAAGCUCUCCAGAACUAUGAGGAGACCGGAUUAGGUGUCGCAGAGCACAGCCAUCGCAGCGAAUUGGCUUCUGGCAUUCUGAAUUCUAUGAAGGCAGAUCUAGCGACAUUCCUCGACAUCCCUUCUGACUUCGAAAUUUUGAUCAUGCAGGGUGGUGGAUCGGGCCAAUUCGAUGCAACCGCGUACAAUCUUAUCGCUAUCUGGGUUGAGAAACAACGGCAAAAGAUUCUGAAGGAGAAGGGCGAGAUUCCCGAGGAGGAAGUCAUUGCGGAGUUGCGCAAAAAGGUGGAGACGGACUUGAAGCUGGACUACUUGGUUACUGGAUCAUGGUCCCUCAAGGCCAGUCAGGAAGCCACUCGAAUUCUUGGUCCAGAGUACGUGAACAUCGCCAGCGACGCCCGGACAGUGAACGACGGCAAAUUCGGCAAGAUUGCAGAUGAGUCAACAUGGAAGCUCAGUCCCAAUGCCGCUAUGGUAUACCUCUGCGAAAACGAGACUGUCGACGGUGUCGAGUACCCUGCUUUCCCCAAAAUCCUAGAGUCCAAAGGGUCUGAGAAUGACCCGAUCGUUAUUGGAGACUUCUCGUCAACAAUCCUCUCACGCCGGAUCCCAUUUGAGAACUUCUCCAUCGUCUACUUCGGCGCCCAGAAGAACCUCGGCAUGGCUGGUAUUACCGGGGUCAUUAUCAGAAAGAGUCUACUCCCCCCUCUUUCUCCUCCGGCCUCGCCGACUGUCCUGCGCAAGCUUGGACUGCCCGUUGCCCCUACUAUUCUUGACUACUCAGUCGCCCACAAGAACAACAGUCUAUACAACACCCUUAGCAUCUUUGAUGUAUACGUUGCGGGCCAAGUCCUCAAGAAGCUUCUCAAUGAUUUCCCGGACAAGGUCGACGGACAGCAGGUUGUUGCGGAACGGAAAGCCCGCAAGGUUUACGAAGCCCUUGAGGCGUACCCCGAGGUCUACCGGAUCGUUCCGGACAAGGCCGUGCGCUCGCGGAUGAAUAUCUGCUUCCGAGUUGUCAAGAACGGCAACAUCGACGAAUCUGAAAAGACCUUCCUCAAGGGAGGCACCGAGCGUGGCAUUACAGGAAUGAAGGGUCACAGGAGCGUUGGAGGCAUCCGCGUCUCAAACUACAAUGCCAUCCCUGAGUCUGGGAUUGACAAGCUUGUUGUUUACUUAAAAGAAUUUGCUACAUUAUAGGUAUCUAGGUACGAAAAGUGGUACAGUCUAGUGUUUUUUAACGUGCUUGGCUGGAUAAUGGGUUUUACGGUCUUGGAAGCGAUGGAGGCUCAACCUUCCGAAUAUCAUCAUAUCUUUUAUUGCUCCUA